UUUAAGAGAGCAGUAGGUGGGAGUGGAGUCUGACCGCAGAGGGUCUACUGUUUAAGAGAAAGGGAAUUCUCUCUUUCACUCACUCUCUCCCUCUCCCUGCCGCUCUUCGUCUCUCUAUCUCCCCCCCUCACCCUGUCUCUCUCUCUCUUGCUCUUUCUCUCUCCUCACUGGCUGCACAACAUCAGCCGGCUCUCUAGGUAGACUCGAGUAAACACUCUAAGAGAACAGAGAGAAGUGGGAAGAUGACAGAGCUGUUAGCACUCUGAAAGAUACAGACUGGUGAGAACAUUUGUCAGGACUGGCUGAUAAGGCUCCUUUCAACACGGCUGCUGCUUCAAUUUCCUAAUCAGUGGAGAGGCUGUGAGCACUGUGCGUGGGGACAAGAACAACUAUUUGAUAGUAGACAUUAUUCUGCACUCAGCUGCUACUUCCACAGAAGCUGCAGUGCUAGGGCAUCAUCAUGGGGAUGAAAAGCUUCCUCUUAGGCUGCGUGACUGUGGCCCUGCUUCUUGAGCUCUCCACCGCCGGCCUGGUCAAAAAGAUAAUCCGCCACCGUAGAGAGGCUCUAAUGCCUAAGAAAACCCAGGAGAACCUCACCCUGCCCCACCCUGACCAGCCAGUAGUGUUUAACCACGUCUACAACAUCAACGUCCCCUCCACCUCCCUCUGCUCCGUGGACAUCGACUCGCCCGGAGGCACCGAGCUCAAACACAAGAGUGCCCCAAUGGACAUGCAGAACACCGAGCACAUGGAGCACACGGAGGACGGCGACAAUCAGAUUGUUUUCACACACCGCAUCAGUAUCCCUAAGCAGGCGUGUGGCUGCGACAACCAGCUGCCGGACAUCAAGGAUAUCCUGAACAGGCUGGAGAUGCUGGAGUCAGAGCUGUCUAGUCUGAGAGAGCAGUGCAGUAGUGGGACAGGCUGCUGUGGAGCUCAAGUUACAGGUGAAGUGUCCACAAAGCCCUACUGUAAUGGCCGUGGGAACUGGAGCACUGACACCUGCAGCUGUAUAUGUGAGUCUGGAUGGAAAGGCCCCAACUGCACCGAACCCGAGUGCCCAAAUGACUGCCAAGACCAGGGCCGCUGUGUGGAUGGCAAAUGUGAGUGCUUUGAGGGCUUUGGUGGGGAUGACUGCGGUAUUGAGCUCUGCCUGAUGGACUGUGGUGACUAUGGCCACUGUGUUGACGGGUCCUGUCUCUGUGAGGAGGGCUUCAUUGGUGAGGACUGCACCCAGACCAACUGCCUCAACAACUGCCUGGGUCGCGGACGUUGCAUGGACGAUGAGUGUGUUUGCAAUGAGCCAUGGACGGGAUUCGACUGCUCGGAACUCAUCUGUCCAAACGACUGUUAUGACCGUGGACGCUGCAUCAAUGGCACCUGUUACUGUGAAGAGGGCUACACUGGUGAAGACUGCGGCGAGCUCACUUGUCCUGGCAACUGUAACAACCGUGGCUUGUGCGUGAAUGGCCAGUGUGUGUGUCAGACCGGCUACAGCGGAGAGGAUUGCUCUAAGCUCACUUGUCCCAAGAACUGCAAUGAGAGAGGCCAUUGCUUCAAUGGGAAGUGCAUCUGUGAUCCAGGAUUUGAAGGUGAAGAUUGCUCCAUCCUCUCCUGCCCAGACAACUGCAGCAACAGGGGACAGUGCAUUAAUGGAGAAUGUGUAUGCGACGAAGGAUACCAAGGCGAAGAUUGUAGCGAGCUCACCUGCCCUAACAACUGCCAAGACCAUGGCCGCUGCGUUAAUGGACAGUGCAUAUGUGACAAAGGCUAUGCUGGGGAGGACUGCAGCAUCAAGACCUGUCCAAAAGACUGCAUGGGACGUGGAGAGUGUGUGGAC